CUCACUCUGAUGAGACUUCCAGUGUGGGACAGGAUACCGACUGUAGCGGAGUCCAGGAACGGCAGAGGGUCCCACAACGAAAAUUUGCUCUGUGCGGCCCCUGGUGGCAGCGGUUUGUCACCAUGAUGAUGUUUAGGAAGCUUGUUGGCUUUGUAAUUCUGGUUCAUUUCGCAACCGGAGGAGCAAAUGAAGAAGCAGCUGGUGACACAAUCGACCCAUCCAGGUCAAAGAUUCCUACUGAGCGUGAAAUGUUAUUACUCCCAGAUGUUCCAGGCAUUCCCUCUCUUAUUAAACCAGAAACGGAUCCGCAAGAAAUCAAGGACGUUCCAGUAAUUUCGAGGCAAGGUACACCACCUAUUCAGAUUCCAGAUACAACAGCAAUACCGAAACCUGGCCUUAAAAAUCCUACAAUCCCUGAUCCAAACAGAGGAGGUAUGAAUGAAAUUAUUCAAACGCCGCUGCUACAUGAUAUUACAAAAUCAAAUUUACCAAAAUUAACAGCGCCCGAAUUUCAACCAUUUGACAUUAACACACUCCAUGACAUGCCUGAUAUUUCAAAUACAAUAUAUACAACAUCCCCAGGAACCAACAUCAGGCAUAUCCCAUAUAUUUCAAAGCAAGUGAUGCCACCUAUUGAGAUUAAAGAAACAUCAGGAAUUCCAAAAUCACAACUCCCUCAGAUUCCUGACCACACCAUUCCUGCAAUCCAUAAUCCAAACAGCCAAAACAUUAACAUGGCUACGGACAAGAUUUUUAUCCCUGAUAUCACAAAAAUAAAUGUACCACAAAUAGAGUACAAUUUGCCAACAUCAAAUAUUAAGGCUUUCAAUGACAUUGCUGAGAUUGACAUUCCUAACAAAUCUACACCACAAAUGGUUAUUCCACCAAUAAGACCAAUCGAAUUUCAGUCUAUUUCAAAUAUUUCGAAACCAGAAAUAUCACCUAUUGAUAUUCCAAGUUUAUCAUUUAUUCCAAAACCACCAGUCCAUCAGAUACCUGACCCUGAUCCACAACACCAACACAUUAAUAUAAAAGGUAAUAACACUUUUCAUUCUGAUAUCAGACAAAUAAAUGAAUCACAAAUAACAAUGCCCGAAUUACCACCAUUAAAUAUUAAUGCUUUCAUAGACACUGGUACGAUUAAAAAGGAAAAUAUUCAUGGCAUAACUACACCACAACUAGUAACUCCACCUUUAAAACCAAUCAACAUUCAGUCUAUUUCAAAUAUUUCGAAGCCAGAAAUAUCACCUAUCACUAUUCCAAGUUUCACAUCAAUUCAAAAACCACCAAUGUAUCACAUACCUGAGCCUCAAUUUCCUCAGAUUCCUCAUUCAAACAGCCAAAACAUUAAUAUUACUGUUGAUAACACUUUUCUCUCUAAUAUCACAAAAAUAAAUGUACCACCAGUAACAAAGCCCGAAUUCCCACCAUUAGAUACUAAUGUUUUCGAAGACACUGGUACGAUUCACACAGAAAAUAUUCGUGGCAUAUCUAUACCACAACUGGUGACUCCACCUUUAAAACCAAUCAACAUUCAGUCUAUUUCAAAUAUUUCGAAGCCAGAAAUAUCACCUAUCACUAUUCCAAGUUUAACAUUAAUUCAAAAACCAACAAUGUAUCACAUACCUGAGCCUCAAUUUCCUCAGAUUCCUUAUUCAAACAGCCAAAACAUUAAUAUAACUCUUGAUAACACUUUUCUCUCUAAUAUCACAAAAAUAAAUGUACCACCAAUAACAAAGCCCGAAUUCCAACCAUUAGAUACUAAUCUUUUCAAAGACACUAGUACGAUUCACACAGAAAAUAUUCGUGGCAUAAAUAUACCACAACUGGUGACUCCACCUUUAAAACCAAUCAACAUUCAGUCUAUUUCAAAUAUUUCAAAGCCAGAAAUAUCACCUAUCACUAUUCCAAGUUUAACAUCAAUUCAAAAACCAACAAUGUAUCACAUACCUGAGCCUCAAUUUCCUCAGAUUCCUCAUUCAAACAGCCAAAACAUUAAUAUAACUCUUGAUAACACUUUUCUCUCUGAUAUCACAAAAAUAAAUGUACCACCAAUAACAAAGCCCGAAUUCCCACAUUAG